UCUCUUCAUCAGGGAUUUCAAUAAUCCCAAGUGACCCAGCAGAAGCAUUUAGUUUAUUUGGUGUUGACGCCAAUGACAUCAAUGGUACUGGAGAUGGAGAACGAGAUGGUAUUAAAAAUGGCGACGAUAUUCGCGGUGUUGGAAUUGAGUUUGGUGUUGGUAUAAAAUUUCGAGGCUGA